AUGAUCCCGCUCCGAACUGGCUUUAUCAAAAGUCGCAGCAGAAGCGUAGCAUUCACAAAGACGCUUUUUCUUCGACAACCUGCCCUUUUACCGCAAAUACGAUGCCGCUUUCUCUCUGAUAAAUCCCCAGAUAAUGCUGCAGAAGAUGGAAAGGCAGAUUCACAGAAGAAUGACUCAAAAGCACUUCUGAAGAAAGAUACAGCUUCCAAUGAAGUUCAGAAGAAAGAUUUCAACCCGCUUCCGUCUGCGCCGGCAGAAUUCCUGCGUGAUUCUGGUAUAGAAAUGCUUCUUAAGAAAGAUAACAAGCCAUACAUUCCCAAAUUGGAAUACAAACGGGAGUCGUUCGAGUAUCCAGGACUUCCGAAUGAAGAUGAAUUCACAAAAUACUCCAACAAGAUCGAGAAACGUAAGCAAGUGACCAGAUGGACCCGGUAUAUUCCCAAGAUACUCACGGCAGUGGUGUUAGUCUGGGGAGUUUAUGCCGUGAAAGUGUGGUAUUUGGACGCAGAUGAGGAUGCGGAACAGAACGAUCUUUUGUCGCCUCUGGAGUUCCAUAAGUUUGUUAUCACACACAAACAAAAGAUAGACGACGAACAUUAUCUCGUGGAAGUUAUGCCUACAAGCUCACAAUGGCAGUACAGUACAUAUGCGCAUUACGAGAGAAAGUCCAUUUGGGAUGGUGACAAAAUGUGGUCGGUGGAGAUCAAACAGCCCCAAAUCAUGGUAGUACGCUCAUACACCCCGCUCCCAUUGUACUUUCUUAAAUCGUCUAGAACUCGUUCCGGCGAGGAAGAGCCUCUCCUCAAGGUCAUUGAUAAUGGUGAGAAGGAUAUGGAUCAUGGUGGUGUCAUGCUGUUCUACAUUAAAAGAUAUGGCGAUGGAGAAGUCUCCAGAUAUAUUUUGGACAAGAAAGUAGGGGAUGAGCUUGAAAUACGUGGACCUCAUGUCGACUAUACUUUUCCAUUCCAUCCUCUUAAACAGCAUCAUACACGGCCAACCUUUCGUGAUCUUCCCUCAAAGAUAGAGGCUGAAACACUUUUAAAAGGAAUUAAGAGGGAAUACGAUAUACCUGAGGUUGAUACUGUGGAUUUUUAUGCUGCUGGAACCGGUAUUGCGCCAAUUCUACAGGUUCUUUUUUCGCGGAACCCUUAUCGUGGAUUUGUUAAUGUUCAUUAUUCUGCAAGGAAAGAUGGAGAGCUUGGACCAAUGGAUAGGUUCUUGUUCUUCUUAGAAAAAGUUGACAGAAUAAAACUCAUCAAACAUAUCGACGACAAUCCAAAGACCCGUUUAAGUGCAAACGAUGUGACCAAGCCCGCUCAACCGCUUUAUGUUAGUCAACAGAGACAAGAAAACAUUGCUCAAAUUCAAGAAAGUACAAUUCCGGCUUCUGAGUCUAAGAAAGACGAAAAACUGUCUCGCGAAAGCUUAAAGAAGAGACUUGCAAUCCUCGAGGGAGAGGGUCAAAAACAAGAGAAGAAGAUCGAGGCUCCCAAAGAGCAUGCUCCUUACUUUGAGAAUGCCCUCGCACAAGCUAAGAUCACGCUGCAAGAAGUGAAGCCUCCUGCCGCCUUGUCUUUAGUCUGUGGUCCUGACGGUUUCGUUGAGUAUGUUGCAGGUGGCAAGGCCCUAGAAACAGGCGAGCAAGGCGACGUCAGGGGACUCCUUGGGUCGAAGGGUUGGGAUAGUACUAAUGUGUUCAAAUUGUAA